AUGAUCUUUGGAGAUAAACGCAAUGUCUUUGAUGAAAAUCUUGAGCUUUUCAAAUCGCUGUCAUCUCGGAAAGAUUUCCAAAGUAAAGAGCAGCUAGAAGACAAUGAUGAUGAUUCUACAAAGGUUGUAGAAAAAAUAACUCUAGAAAAGUGCUUUGAAGAUGAGUGGAUGCUGUGCAAGGAAAAGUGGGCUGGCUACCUCACUAGUCAAUUGAAACAUUUUGACUGUGUGACAACACAACGUGUCGAGAGUGGCCAUAAUGCUCUGAAAAGAAAAAUCUCGGCUCUUCAGUCAUUGAACUCUUCAUUUGAGCAAAUUUGCUCCUAUCUUCUCCAGUUCAAGGGCGACUAUCAGGACCUUGAGUUGAAUGAGGCAACUAUCACAGAUGCCAGAAUAUACCAUGAACCUCGCCUCUGUGAAUUGAUUCACCACGUCUCCAGAAUUGGUUUGAUCACCAUCCGUGCUGAGCUUCUAGAAGAGGUUGUACCUGGUGAGCUUUGCAAUUGCAGAGUAAAAGUGGUAUUUGGUCUUCAUUGUCGCCAUGAUCUGCCAAGAGAUCGUAUGUUGCUAUUAUCAGACAUUCCUGAAAGAUGGAUUCUGUCUUCUUCUUUGGGUGAACGUUUGAAGCAACUGGAAUGUGACGUUUCUCUACAGAAAAUUGAUGUUGAUAAGCCUGCCCUGUGGGUGAAAUGUAUAACAAAGCUUGAACAAUUGUUUCAUCAGUGUGAAGGGAAUCAACAAGUCCAGAAUCUUAUGGCAAUAGUUGAUGAACUUGUUGACAAUGCUGGUGAAAUAAUUGACCAUCCAAAUGUUGUAUUUCCUUUGGCAAGUGAGGUCAAAGCUCCUGGAAGACCUAAGCACGUCAAAAGGAAAACUGCUCUCCCAAAGGACUUUGUCUAUCACAAGCACAGACAUCUCCUUAAUGAUAUCAGAAGUAUUUUGAAAGAAGGACUUAAAGAAGUGAUGAAGGAGUUCUUAGAGGAAGAGCCUCUCAAAAAAACUAAAACAACUAAUUUCGCUAAAAAGCAAGAGCCUCUCGAAGAAGACGACUACUGGUACGAUUUGCCUAGUCCAAAAAAACAAAACAAAAAUGUGCAUGACUUUGCUCUGCCUGCUCAAAUCGACCAAGCCGCCAUUUCGUUGACGUUUAACCCCAAGUCCGAUGGUUGGUGCGGUUUCUGUGUAUUUGCACACCUGAAAGAGGGUGGAGAGGAUCAGUUUCCUUUGGUGAAGAAGAAGAUGUUGGCUACGAUGGCAACCCACAGUAAACUUUACGAGCACAACUUUGGCAUGGAUGUUGCCGAAGUGACAGAGGUCAUUGCCUUUGGCUCUGAGAUUGACCCUGCUCUUGGGGAAAAUAUCCCAUCUUGCCCUUCCUCUAUGUGGUUCUCUGCAUCAGACUGUGCUCAGAUAAUAGCUGACACCUAUAACGAGCCUGUUUGUAUGUACUCGGACGAUCGGAGUGUCUUGCCUGUAACUUUCCUUCCCCUCCAUGAUUGGAAGCCUCUCAAAAGAAAGCCAUUGCCAAUGUUCUUGCACCAUGUACAUGGGUGUCACUGGACAACAAUUAAAGUGAAGCCUCAUGUACAUCGGUCCUGGCCUGAGUUGGAAUCAUUGGGGUCAGUUCCCAAAGAACAAGUCUUAUCUUUUAUCCUCCACUACUACAACUAUUACAAUUACUACUACUGCCACUAA